UAUCAACACAAACAAAAAGAAGUGUCAUAUUGGGCUUAAGAAAACAAUGGAUGAUUUCGAAUUGGACUUUGAUCAAUUAGAUCAACUAUUAAACAUUCUUUCUCCUCCUACUCUUCAAAAGCAAGAUUCAUCAAUUUCAUUACAAACACAAAUUUGUAAUGAUAUUGAUAGUCAUCAAAAGAAUAAACCAAUUAUCACCACCACCACCACUAUAAUCGAUGAUGAUCAAUUAUUGAACUUUCUUUCUUCUCCUCCUUCUCCUCGUCCUCCUCUGACUAGUACUCAUCACAAGGAUGAUGAUGAUUUAUCAAUAUUAUUACAAACACAUAGUUCUAAUGAUCUUGAUAGUCGUCAAAAUGAUGAACCAAUUAUCACCACCACCACUACUAUAUUCGAUGACAAUCAAUUAUUGAACUUUCUUUCUUCUCCUCCUCCUUCUCCUCGUCCUCCUCUGACUAGUACUCGUCAAAAGGAUGAUGAUGAUUUAUCAAUAUUAUUACAAACACAUAGUUCUAAUGAUCUUGAUAGUCAACAAAAUGAUGAACCAAUUAUCACCACCACCACCACUACUAUAUUUGAUGAUGAUCAAUUAUUGAACUUGACUAGUACUCUUCAAAAGGAUGAUGAUUCAUCAAUAUUAUUACAAACACAUAGUUCUAAUGAUCUUGAUAGUCAUCAGAAUGAUGAACCAAUUAUCACCACCACCACUACUACUAUAUUCGAUGAUGAUCAAUUAUUCAACUUUCUUUCUUCUCCUCCUCCUUCUCCUCGUCCUCCUUUGACUAGUACUCUUCAAAAGGAUGAUUAUUCAUCAAUAUUAUUACAAACACAUAGUUCUAAUGAUCUUGAUAGUCAUCAGAAUGAUGAACCGAUUAUCACCACCACCACCACUACUAUAUUCGAUGAUGACCAAUUAUUUAACUUUCUUUCUACUCCUUCCCCUUCUCCUCAUCCUCCUCUAACUAGUACUCUUCAAAAGGAAGAUGAUUCAUCAAUAUCAUUACAAACACGUCAAAGCUCGAAUGAUCUUGAUAAUCAUCAGAAGGAUGAACCAAUUAACACCACCACUACUAUUGUCGAUGAUAAUCAAGUUCAAGAUCCCAUGAAAAAGAAGGAGGUGGAAGAGAAAAAGAAGAAGAAUAAGAAUGUCUUACGAAGAGAUGUUGAAAGGCAAAGAAGGCGCGAUAUGGCUAAGCUUUAUCAGCGUUUGCGCCUUCUUAUUCCUUCCAAGUAUCUCAUGGGAAAGAGAGCUAUAUCUGACCAUCUAGAAGAGAUUGUGGAUUAUGUAAAAGACUUGAGGAAAGACAUAGAGGAGUUGGAAAGAAAAAGAGAAAGUUUGAAAGAAAAGAAAAAUAUGACACCAUCUUCUUCUUCUUCUAUGAAAUUAAGUGAUGAUGAAGACAGAAUAAUAGUGAAAUCAUGCAAUGAAGAAGUGGAAAUUUCAGUAAAAGGAGGGAUCUCUAUAUCAAAAGUUGUUAAAGUUGUUAUGAAAGAAGGGCUUAUUGUUAAUAGUUGUGUUUCCUCCACAGUUGAUCAAAGUCUUCAUCACAUUAUUCAAUCUGAGGUAAAUACAAGAGCAGACAUUGAUUUUGCAAUGCUACAAACCAAGUUGAUAAGUUUAUAUGAGCCAUAACUUAUAGAGUACAUAGGAAAAAAAAAACUAUAUGUAUUAAUUUUACGUAUUACUAAUAUUUUAUUUAAUAUAUUUUUUUAAUCUAUGUAUAACAUGCAUGCAUGCAACACGUUUAUUAUAUUUAUUAGCAUGAAUUAAGACAUGAUUGUCCCUCAA